AUGCUGCCCCUAGGCCUCGAGCGUCCCCACGUGCUCACCCAGCGGCCUCUGCUGCGUCUGCUGCUCCUGCUCUGGCUGCUGCUGCGGCCGGUAACCAGCGCCCAGACCACGCCAGGCGGUUCCAGCGCCCAGACCGCGCCGGCCACCUCCAGCAACCCAACAGCGCCAGGCACUCCCAGAGGCCCGAGUCUCCAGGAGCGCGCGCGGGCCCUGAUGCGGGACUUCCGGCUGGUGGAUGGCCACAACCACCUGCCGCUGCUCCUGAAACGGCAUUUCCAGAACCAGCUACAAGGUGUGAACCUGCGCAAUUUCAGACUCGGCCAGACCAACCUAGACAAGCUCAGGGAUGGCUUCGUGGGUGCACAGUUCUGGUCAGCCUACGCCCCAUGCCAGACCCAGGACCAGGAUGCUGUGCGCCUCACGCUGGAGCAGAUUGACCUCAUCCGCCGCAUGUGUGACUCCUACAAUGAACUGGAGCUCGUGACUUCAGCCGAAGGACUGAACAGCACUCAAAAGCUGGCCUGCCUUAUUGGCGUGGAGGGUGGUCACUCACUUGACAGCAGCCUCUCUGUGCUGCGCAGUUUCUAUCUGCUGGGAGUUCGCUACCUGACGCUCACCUUCACCUGCAACACGCCCUGGGCAGAGAGCUCCACCAAGUUUCAGCUCUUCUACACCAACAUCAGUGGGUUGACAAGCUUUGGUGAGAAGGUGAUAGAGGAGAUGAAUCGCCUGGGCAUGAUGGUGGACUUGUCCUAUGGGUCGCAUGCUCUGGCACAGCAAGCCCUGAAGGUGUCAAAAGCUCCUGUGAUCUUCUCCCACUCGGCUGCCAAAGCUGUGUGUGACAACAUGCUUAACAUUCCUGAUGACAUCCUGCAACUUCUGAAGAAGAAUGGUGGCAUUGUGAUGGUGUCGCUGUCCUUGGGGGUGCUGCAGUGUAACCUGUUUGCUAAUGUGUCCACCGUGGCAGAUCACUUUGACCACAUCAGGGCAGUCAUGGGAUCUGAGUUCAUCGGGAUCAGCGGGAGUUACGAUGGGUCUGGCCGGACCUGUUUCCUGGAUUCUCCUUGUCCCUCCUGUGGUCCAGUGGACCCAUUCCCACUCCAGGGCAUCACAGUUGUUAAGAACCCCACCCCCUCUCAAGACCUAUCCAGCAUAUGCUCCACUGCCAGCCCAGCAGAUGUGCUGUGGGCUGAGCAUCUGCUCAGCAGGUUCCCCGAGGGGCUGGAGGAUGUGUCCACAUACCCGGUACUCAUAGAGGAAUUGCUGAGGCGAGGCUGGAGGGAGGAGGACCUUCAGGGCGUCCUUCGUGGAAACCUGCUGCGGGUCUUCAGACAAGUGGAACAGGUGAGAGAGGAAAACAAAGGUCAGAGUCCUUUGGAGGAUGAAUUUCCAAACAGGCAGGUGGGCAGGUCGUGCCAUUCCCACCUCCUGACUCAGCCUCAGAGUAAGCCUCGGGCCACACACCUGGUGAGAAACAAGUGGCUAACCAACCAGGCCCUCCAGAGGCCCCCAAAAGCCUCCCCACAGCUGGUUCUAGGCCUUGUGGCUGCUGCCACCUUCUCAGUCCUCAUCUUAUGACUCUAGUGACCUGGCCAGUCCCCCAGAGGUCACUGUGGCAAAGUCUCAUGAAGUUUCCCUUCCAGUCAUCCAGGCACAAACAUAUAUAUGCUGAGAAUAAACAUUUCGAGUACAGA